CCAGUCUAGGGGAUACUCAAAGCUGGAGCGAAGCAGCCGGGCUCCCGGCCGCACUGAUUGCAAGGGUCGGCGAUCGCAGUCCUCCCCAGCUCUCUCCAAGUCCUCCCGGGCCUCUCCGAAUUCCCGGCGCCGCACCGCUCCGCACCUCCGCCGGCCCGGCCCUCCAGUCGGCGUUCCGGGUCUGGCAGCGAGCUCGGCGCCCUCCCCGCGCGCAGCCCCUAGCGGCGCGUCAUUGCUAGGCGGGCCUCCAACUCACCUCCCUCCUCUUCCUCCUCCUCCUCCUCCUCUCCAGCAAUACGCGAUCCAGCUAGGGGAGGCGGGGAAGCCACCGGAGCGCGACGGCCGCGGCAGCCACCCUGCAGCCGCCGGGCGGAGGCGCGGUCCCUAGGCCCUGGUGCCCGGGCAGGCCCCUAGGGGAGUCGGCGCCGCGCCCGGAGAGCCGCCAGGCUCACCCCAUCCCGGCGUGGGGGGCGCAGAGGAUAUCUCUGGAGAUCUUGAAAGAGCCUGUAUCAUGGAAUCAAUCUCAAUGAUGGGAAGCCCUAAGAACCUUAGCGAAACUUUUUUGCCGAAUGGCAUAAAUGGUAUCAAAGAUGCAAGGAAGGUCACUGUGGGUGUAAUUGGAAGUGGGGAUUUUGCCAAAUCACUGACGAUUCGACUUAUUAGGUGUGGCUAUCAUGUAGUUAUAGGAAGCAGAAAUCCCAAGUUUGCUUCCGAAUUCUUCCCUCAUGUGGUAGAUGUCACUCAUCACGAAGAUGCUCUCACAAAAACAAAUAUAAUAUUUGUUGCUAUACAUAGAGAACAUUACACCUCCCUUUGGGACCUCAGACAUCUGCUUGUGGGUAAAAUCCUGAUUGAUGUGAGCAAUAACAUGAGGAUAAACCAAUACCCAGAAUCCAAUGCUGAAUAUUUGGCUUCAUUAUUCCCGGAUUCCCUGAUUGUCAAAGGCUUUAAUGUUGUCUCGGCUUGGGCACUUCAGUUAGGACCCAAGGAUGCCAGCCGGCAGGUCUAUAUAUGCAGCAACAACAUUCAAGCUCGACAACAGGUUAUUGAACUUGCCCGUCAGCUGAAUUUCAUUCCUGUUGACUUGGGAUCAUUAUCAUCAGCUAGGGAGAUUGAAAAUUUACCCCUGCGACUCUUUACUCUCUGGAGAGGGCCAGUGGUGGUUGCCAUAAGCCUAGCCACGUUUUUCUUUCUUUAUUCCUUUGUCAGAGAUGUGAUACAUCCAUACGCUAGAAACCAGCAGAGUGAUUUUUAUAAGAUUCCUAUCGAGAUUGUGAAUAAGACCUUGCCCAUAGUUGCCAUUACUUUGCUGUCCCUGGUAUACCUGGCAGGUCUCCUGGCAGCUGCUUAUCAGCUUUAUUACGGCACCAAGUAUAGGAAAUUUCCGCCUUGGUUGGAGACCUGGCUACAGUGCAGAAAACAGCUUGGGUUACUAAGCUUUUUCUUCGCUUCAGUCCACGUUGCCUACAGCCUCUGCUUACCAAUGAGAAGGUCAGAGAGAUACUUGUUUCUCAACAUGGCUUAUCAGCAGGUUCAUGCAAAUAUUGAAAACUCUUGGAACGAGGAAGAAGUCUGGAGAAUUGAAAUGUAUAUCUCCUUUGGCAUAAUGAGCCUUGGCUUACUGUCCCUCCUGGCAGUCACCUCUAUCCCAUCAGUGAGCAAUGCUUUAAACUGGAGGGAAUUCAGUUUUAUUCAGUCUACCCUUGGAUAUGUCGCUCUGCUCAUAAGUACUUUCCAUGUUUUAAUUUAUGGAUGGAAACGAGCCUUUGAAGAAGAAUACUACCGGUUUUACACCCCACCCAACUUCGUUCUUGCUCUUGUUUUGCCCUCAAUUGUAAUUCUGGGUAAGAUUAUUUUACUCCUUCCAUGUAUAAGCCGAAAGCUUAAGAGAAUUAAAAAAGGUUGGGAAAAGAGCCAAUUUCUAGAAGAAGGUAUUGGAGGAGCAGUUCCUCAUCUCUCACCGGAGAGGGUUACAGUAAUGUGAUGAUAAAUGGUGCUCACUGAUACAUUAUAGAGUUCCACUCGUGCCAUUGUUUUUAUGACUUCCUUUUUGUUCAUUUGCAAGUGCACUGUCAAAUUGAUGUGGGCUGAAAUCUGUCCAGUAAGAUCUCAACCAAAUUAGUGGUAGGAGUUUCUUGAAAUUAAUUUUCACAGAUGUCAUAUUUUGGCAAUAUGAAUUUUUGUUGUCAACUUGUCUAUUUUGUUUUGCACAUCCAUAACACUCCUAUUUUAACAAACUGUAUUCCAUAAUCAGGCAAAGAUAUUUCUGAUUAAUAAUAUAGAUACAACAUAAUGUUAAAAGAAAAAAUUUGCAAACCAGCAGAAUCUUAAGUUUUAAUAUAACUUAAUGGAUAUUUUUUUUUCUGAAGCUUGCCUAAGGUUUUAAUUGUUAAAUUAAUUUAAUUGCUAAAGAAAUAGAAAUGCAUAAUCACACAUUAACUUUAAGAAGGGUCACGUUACAUUAGCAUCUCGGUAAGGGUAAAUGGUAACAUUCCUAUAUUUUCCGCAUAAAAUCAGUUUUGAAGAAUGUAAUUAAUUGUAUGAACCAGUGUAACCUGUGAACAAACACAAAUUUAAAAAAAUAGAAUCUGAAAUUAUAUUUGAAAUGCAAUGGAGACGUGAAAUGCAUACUGAUAAUAUGUACCUCAUGAAAGAUUUUAUUUCUUAUCUUGUUACAGAGAGGUUUCAUUUGCAUGUUAUUAGGUUGGUUAGGGAGAAGACCAUGGUAUUUGGCUUCCAAAAGUGAUUUUUCUAAUAUGGUACCAAGCCUAGGAAUCUUACAGUUGUUUCCAGUUAGAGGGAAGGAAUGAAGUCUCCCCACCAAUAGUUGUUGGUCAGCUGAUCUACGUUGUUGCACGCUGGCCAGUCCCCACUCUAUCUGCUGUAAGAUUUUACUGACGUUCACUGAGGGAUGUUAACAUGCCAGGCACUGUUCUAAGCAUUUUAUUUGUAUUAUCCCAUGUUAAUUUUUACAACAACCUUUAACAAAGGUAAUUAUCCUCAUUUUUCAUAUGAGAAAACUGAAGGAUAGAAAAGUAAUUUGCCCAACGUCAUGCAGUUAGUUAAGAGGCAGAGCCAGCAUUCAAGUCUAGGCAGUCCUAUUUCAGAGGCUCCCAUUUCCAGGCUGAUUGUCUCUGCUCUGUCCCUGUGUGUUACCAUCAUGAUGCCAGUCUGGAUGCUUCCUGUUUUGUCAGCAAAGGCAUUAACAUUCUUUACAGUGUGUUGUGGGUACCAAAAAUUUAUGAAAAUAAUACAGUCAUAAAUUUAUGAUUGCUUUGGGAUAAUCUACAGUUCUUUACCUUGCAAGAGGAUCUUGCCUGGGACGUGACCCUGGAGCCCCAUGGCAGUCCAUACGAUUCCCUACGCAGUGAGGGACUCCGGCAGAGAUAGGACCAUAGCAGUUUUAAUGAAUGUCUGAGGUCCUCCAGAAUCUUUAAAAAUCCUUGUAGAGUUGGUCAUCUCUUUUACUCUUCCUGAGAAGUCCUCCUGCCUGUUCAGCCAUUCAUUAGGGAGCAGUUUGCAAGCAUGAAGGAUAUUAAGAAAAGUGGUUAAUUAUAAAUCUACUCUAGAGACAUACAAUUAUACAAAUUAUUCAUAAAAUUUUUCAGUGCUGACAUUCCACGUUAAAAUUGCAUUUUGUUCAAAUCUUGAUUAGAAUGCCCGACAUUUUUUCCCCAUUUAUUCUUUCCUUAUUAAACUAGAAAGGUGCAGAUAAGAUACAAGUAUAUGCAUUAUGUAAGUAUACAUCCUGAAAUUAUAACAUUUCUAAACCUACCCACUGAGGUACUACUGAAUGCAGCUGCCAAAACAGAAGGAAUUUUGUAGGGUGGGUAGACUAGAAGGAAAAGGAGAGAGAGAAUCUUAAGCAGCCUACAUGCCCAGGGGCCCAGUGCAGGGCUUGAUCUCACGAACCUGAUCAUGACCUGAACCAAGAUCAAGGGUCAGACGCUUAACCAGCUAAGCCAUCCAGGCUCCCCUAGAAGGAGUUUUAUUUAGUAGACACUACCUUUCCCACCACUGGCUCUUUCCCUACUGCUGCACCUUGUCAAUUUGGUAAAUCUCUCAUGAUUCUCUGGCGGUCUCUUCUUGGUGAGUUUAAGUAUCUUGUACUUCUUACUUGAGCUCUCCAUUUUCUUUAUUUUAAUUCUGUUCUUUCCCUCUUGAUAAUCGCUUACUUGCUCUAGUCCAUAGUAGGAAUUCAGUUGGGUGAGAACUUUUAAAGGAAAAGACCCAUAAACUGUUGUAGCGCACUAGUGAAAUUAACAGCAUAUUUUCAGUAUUUGUUCCUCAAGUUUCACUCUCUCAAGACCAGGCUUUCACCAUUUAAUGUGAAAAUAGAAUGAAGUAUUCAUAAAAGUUAGAGGACUCUUGAAUUAUAUUGCUGCACGCGUAUAUUAAGUAGCCAAUAAUACAAAUAACAUUAUCACUCCUACAGAUAAAUGGGGCCUUUGAAAAUGUGAAAAAACAAAAUUUAUGAAAAUGUAUAUAGGAUGUAACUUUUGUUUCAAAUGAUAAUAUCUCCUUUUUAGUACUACAAAGAUGAAAUAAUUUUGAAGUUCUAGAAUAAAUGUAAUAAAUUCAUUAUAAUUCUAAAUGUUUAAAAGCCUAUCUAAGAGUACAGAAAUAUUGACUUUUAUUUAUUUGACUUUUAAUUGCCUUAUUUUGCCAUUUUCUACCAGAUUAUUUUUCUUAGUCAUUAUUUCUCAUAAUCACUUUUUUUUUUUUUUGUCAUUUUUCUGGCCUCAGAAGUAGGACUGAAUUCUGCUCUUACUAGGUGUGAGAAGGUGGUGGGGACUUUAAAGUAGUAGGGUUGGUUUCCUAAUGUGUACUUUGAGAAGUGCCCCUGAGAAAAUUAUAAGAAUGUAGAAAAUAUACCCAGUCUUAAUCCUAUGCAAAAAAACUAAGUAAUUUUUUCCUGAGAGGAAAAUCAUCAUGGGCUGAAUCAUACUAUUUAGCUUUUGUGUACAGAUUUCAUAUGUCUCCUUUAUUAAGAAUAUUUAAAAUCAUGUUUAAAUAAGAUUUUAUUCAUGCUGACAUAUAUUUUUCAAAGCAUAUAUGGAAAUUUAGCCCAGAUUGUCUACAUGUAGAGAUUUUUAUUUAAAUUUUAAAAUAUUUUAAAGUAUGAAGAAACUAUAUUUAUAGGCAUUUAUUGGAGAUAAUUAUUUUGUGCUACAUACAGGAUUGGCUAGUGAGCUCCAGUAUCUAAUUACCUGAUUAAUUUCUUAUAAAUUAGCCUAAUCUUGACUUAAGGAAUUUUACUUUCAAAAUUAAUUUGUUAAUAGUAAUUUAAGGUAUAUUCAUACUUACAAAUUAUGAAAUUUAUUUGUGUAAAAGGGCUUCAAGAAUAUAUCAUAUCUGAUUUUUGUAUUAUUUAUCUCUUACAUAAGAUGAUAAAAUUUUAAUUCUUUUUAACUGCCUUUUACCAUUAAACUGUCAUAAUAAAUUCUGAACAAAGAGUUUUGCCCCCCAAUAGAGGUUUAUUUGUGAAAUGUGUUUUCUUAUAUGAUAUUUUAAAUAAAAUUCCCAAAAUGUAACUCAUAACUAUUUCUUUAGUAAUACUAUGAACAUUGAACCUGUGUCAGUCUAUAAAAUCUGUUUUGAUGUAAGUAUUCAAACAGCCUAAAAUUUGGUAUUGAAAUUAUUUUGUGAAUUCUGACUUAAAAGCAUUGCUACACAUAGUAUAACAUGUCUCAGUUCAGUGUUAAGAUUUCUACUUGUGAUGUGUUGUCAUGAAAAUGAGAUGCUCUACCCUCAAUUGUUCAUUAAGUCAGCAAAACAAAUUCUGGUAAAUAUUCAGUAUAUGUAAUUGCUCUAAAUGAACCUGUACUGCUUUUAGUGGAAACACAGUUGUUCUUACCUUUGCACAGGGGCUUUUACAGGAAUGAAUGUGUUCUUCAAAUUUUUUAAUGCAAGAAAAUUAUAAAGUGCUAAUAUUCAGAGAUUCUGUCCAUAGAAUACCAAAACGGUAUUUAGUUCAACCUAACAUGCAUACAUACUGAGAUUUCUUUUAACUUUCCAAAUCAUUGGCUUUCACGCAGUCAUCCGAAAUUAGGGCAGACUAUACAUAUAGGAUUCUCCCGGUAGCUGGAGAGACUAAAUUAAAUCACCAAAACAGGUGCUUUCAUUUGAUUUUUAAAUUGCCAACUUCAAGGAAGUAUCCUCUGAAGGUUUUCCUUGAAAGUCUUUCAUAGCUUUGCAGAUAUCCAGCCUGCACCGGGACUGGACGUUGUCUCCCAGUGUCCACCCUACUUCUUUAAAAGCUGCUGCCCAUUACAUUACUCCGCUGCCCUGGUAGUUAGGUAUCCCAAUGGGACUGAGUGUUGGCCAGUGAGUUGGAGGGGGACAUAGGGGUGACUUCCUAGAAAUCUCUUCAAAGAAAAGCAGCAAGUGCUUUUCGUCAUAUUCCUCCAUUUUGCUGCCGGAACUGUGGCUACAACAGGAGGCCUGGAAAAUGUCCUAGAGGACCGAGGCCACACCCUAAGGAAUGACAGAAACUAGAAAGAUCUUGACUCCUUCACUAUUCAACUCCCUUUCCUAUAUUUGACCCACCGUAUAUUUGGGUUUCUUUGUAUGAAAUCAAAACUAAUCCAUUCUGGCCUUUGGUUCUUUGUUGUGAUACUGUUUAACACUUUGAAUGAACUAGAUUGCAGUAAAUCUUACCUUUAAAAGUUUUUAAAGGAUAAUGUGCAAUUCAUGAUAAAAUUGACUUUCCAUUGUUGAUUAAUUAUACUCAUUUUCUUGCCUUGAUCUUUCAUUAGAUAUUUUGUAUCUGCUUGCAAAAUGUCAUCUUCUUUAUAACUGUGUAAUAGGUAUUUGCUAAAACUCUGUAAUCUCCAAAAUAUUGCUAUCAAAUUACAUGCCAUGUUUUUAUAUCAUUCUCAUAGAUAUGCCUUAUGAACAUCUAAAUAAAAAGUAUUAUUUAAUGUGUUUUAACUUUUUUUUGAAAUGUUAUUUACAAAUAGAUUUUUCUUUCUUACUGAAUAAUAAUUCCAGUAUUUGAUGGAGACCAUCUAUUUCUC